AUGGAUCCCCUUAUUUUUACAGCACCUGCACGUAUUCGUGUACUGCUUGUUCCAGUUCAUCCUAUCAAAGCUUCAACAUUUCAUAAAAAAGUUGAAUUGGUUAAGAAAUUCUCUGUAGUUAAACUUGGAGAUGUUACCCCAGAUAUGCGAGGUGAUCAUUCAUUUUCCAAUCGUUGUUUUGCGUUUGAUCCAUCAGAAAAUCAACCUGAUGAUACUAAAGGAUUAAUUAUGAUACCAAAUGUUGGAAAUAUAGAAUUUUAUAUAAGUACUAUGAUUUCGGAUUUUGCUAAUAAUAUUCUUACUGAAUUUGGAAAUUUAGUUAAAUUAAAUAAUUCAAUGUUUCCGCUUACACCUCCUUCCACCGCCAUGACAACAGCCGGAAUGGGAGGAACAACGGCUGGUGUUAAUCCUAAAGAUAAUCCAUUUCACGUUCGAUCAUUUUCUUCUUCAACUAUAGCAAGUAUCGCAAAUCAAGCCGCCAAUAUGCCAAAUACUAUGGCUGAUAUGAAAUUAAAAAAGAGAGCUGCUGGAAGAACUCAAAAAUUAAUUGCUGAUUUAUAUUUAAUGGCUGGUAGAUUGCCGGAUGCUGUAUCACAUUAUUCAAUGGCUAUUGAAACUACAAAAUCCAAUGGUGAUCAUUUAUGGCAUGGAUCAGCAAUAGAAGGAUUAUGUGUAGGAUUAAUUCUUGCUGAAUAUUUGCAUACUGAUGUUGGGUAUAUCCUUAAUCAAGCUCCACCUUCACCUAAUCCCCAAUCACAAACAAUUCCUCCAAUUGAAACACCAAAAUCUUUAUGGGAAGAAAUUGUAGAAAAAUAUCAUACAGUAUUACUUGAUUAUUUUAAAACCUCAAAUUCAUCUUAUAAUCAAGUCCCUCCGUUAAUUUAUACUGAAGCAUGUUUAAAGGUUGCCAAGAUGUUAGCUUAUAUUUGGGCAGCAGGUGGAUGGGGUGAUGAUGCUUUAAAAUUAAUUGUUCAUGGGGGAAUUCCUGAAAAAGGAAAAUGGGGAUUAGGUUCUUUAAAGUGGAUGUCAAAAGCUGAUAUUACUCAAUGGGCAAUGAAAGGUUAUGGAAGAUCGAUUGUGGAUAUGUCUAUUACUGAACAGAUUCAUGUUACCACCACAAUUUCAACUAUAUUCUCAAUAAUCAAUUUUCGUAGAAAACAUGCAUUUUUCCUUAGACAAACUUCAUUACUUAUUACACCAUUAUUAGUUAAACCUCGUAAUAAUACUACACAAACACAAAAUAAAUCAUCAUCUUCAGGGGGAAGUGGAGGAAAUGAUGGAGGUUUAUUAUCAUGUUUAAAAAAAGUAACAGAAGUUUAUGGCGUUGGUGAUAAUGUUGAUAAUGAAGAUUAUUCAGUAGCAGUUGAAAAUGCUAGACCUCUUACGUUUGGUUGGCCUGAUUUACAAAUAGAUGUAUUAAAAGAUUCUAUAAUGGUGACUGAAGUAUUACCUGAUUAUCCUUCAAUUGUAAAGUAUACAACAAGACUUUUACGAAAGUUAUUUAUUUAUUUACCAAGAGAUGAACAGAUUCGUUUAUCAGGUUCUUUACCUAGAGUUGUUGCUUCUGGUAAAAAACAAGGAUUAGAAAUGGAAUUUAAAUAUUGGGGAGUAAAUAUUGUUCAAGAGACGGAUGAUGGUGUUGAUAAACCGAUUGAUCCUUUUCUUUAUAAAAGUUUUAAUGUGACUAAAGUUGAAACUGUUCAAACGCAUUUGGUUACAAAUGAAACGGCAUAUUUCUUAAUUUCUUUAACUAAUCCAUUUGCAUUUGAUUUGGAUAUUCAAAGUAUUUCUGUGAGCACGGAGGGAGUUAAUUUUACUCCAAAUUCAUUAGCAUCUACAAUAACUGCUAAUACCUCAAUAACGUUGAGAGUAUCCGGUGUACCAACUGAACCAGGUGAAUUGGUGGUUAGAGGUUUUAAAAUAAAAGUUCAUGGAUGUUUGGAACAAGAAUUUUCAGUUUUAAAUCAUUCAGGUCAUCAUCGAGAAUUAUCUCAGUCAAGUAAUCAAUCAAAAAAGGAAUAUAUUGCUGAAUUCCUUAAAGUUACUGUAAUAACUGAACAACCUUUAAUGAAAAUCAAAUCAACUUCAUUAAUGCAUGGAGCAAUUAUGUUAUUCGAAGGAGAAAAUUUAUCAUUUCAAGAUUCAUCAACUGCCAAUGCUCAAGCUUUAUUAAAGUCAUCAUCAGAUAUUCCACCAGAAGAAGCUUAUGAAAUGGAAUUAUAUGCUCACAAAUUACCAGUAUUUUCUUGGGAACCACCAGAUAAACCAUUUAAAAUUUUACCGGCAGAAGAAUUCGUACUUAAUAUUAGUUUAUUUGGAAAACGUGGAUGGUGA